GUUGUCAUCUGCACGGCCCAGAUCCUGCAGAAUGCACUGGUCAGCGGGGAGGAGGACACGCACGUGGAGCUGACGGAUUUCUCACUGCUGGUGAUAGACGAGUGCCACCACACGCACAAGGAAGCCGUCUACAACAAAAUCAUGCUGAAUUACCUCCAGCGCAAGCUCAGCGGGCAGCAGGGCCUGCCACAGAUCCUGGGCCUGACAGCAUCGCCUGGCACUGGGGGGGCAACCUCCUUCAUGGGGGCCAUAGAGCACAUCCUGCAGAUCUGUGCCAACCUGGACACCGAGAAAAUCAUGUCGGCGCAGGAGGAGCUGCAGCACCUGCAGACCCACGCCCCCCAGCAGUAUGACCUGUGCCAGGAGAGAGCACAGGACCCCUUCGGUGAGCGGCUGAAGAAGGUGAUGGAGCGGAUCCAGCAGUACAUGGAGAUGCCCGACCUGCCACAGAACUUCGGCACGCAGAUUUACGAGCAGCGCAUCGUGGAGCUGGAGAAGAGAGCGGCAGAGACGUUUUGUCGCAAGACGCGGGUGUGUGCGCUGCACCUGCGCAAAUACAACGACGCUUUGCUGAUCAAUGACACGGUGCGGAUGAUCGACGCCUUCCAGUGCCUCCAGCAGUUCUACGCCACUGAGAGGGACAUGAAGGACCCCACCGAACGGUUCCUCACCACCAUGUUUGAGGAGAACAAGAUGAGCCUGCAGGCGCUUGCUGGGGACCGGCGCUAUGAGAACCCCAGGCUGGGCAAGCUGGAGGAGAUCCUGCAGGAGCACUUCCAGCCCCAGGGCACUUCGCGCGGCAUCAUCUUCACCAAGACCCGGCAGAGCGCCCACAGCCUGCUCAGCUGGCUGCAGGACACAGCCGCGCUCCGCGGGAAGCACAUCAGGCCUGCCGUCCUCACCGGCGCUGGCUACAGCAACCAAACCAGGCACAUGACGCAGAACAAGCAGCAGGACGUGAUCAAGCUGUUCCGCGAGGGAGUCCUCAACCUGCUCUUCUCCACCAGCGUGGCUGAGGAGGGUUUGGAUAUCCCCGAGUGCAACGUUGUGGUCCGCUACGGGUUAAUGACCAACGAGAUCGCCAUGAUGCAGGCCCAGGGCCGUGCCCGUGCCGAGAACAGCGUCUACUCCGUCCUUGCCAAAGCCAACAGCAAAGAGGUCUCCCGCGAGCUGCUCAACGAGGACCUUGUGAACCUCAUGGAGAAGGCGAUCAGAGCAGUGCAAGCCAUGCCUGAGCAGGACUACUGCCACAAGAUCUUGGAGCUGCAGCGAGUUGCUGUUGUCAGCUCGCUAAUGAAGGAGGCCAGGAUCAGCGAGAGGCGGCGGCUGCACGACCCGGAUGCUGUUUACUUGUACUGUGUCAACUGCAACGUGACGGUGUGCCACGGCAGCGACAUCCGCACCGUGGAGGGCAUGCACCACGUUAACAUCAACCCCAACUUCAGGUUGUAUUACAGAGUUUCUGGGAAAAUACAGUUCCAGCGGAGUUUCAAGGACUGGGAGCCCAGCUGCCGCAUCGUGUGCAGUGGGUGCAGCCAGGAGUGGGGAAUGGAGAUGAUCUACCGGCAGGUGAAGCUGCCCAUCCUCUGCAUCAAAAACUUCAUAGUGGAGACACCGGCUGAGAAGAGAAGAUAUAAGAAGUGGAGCACCGUGACAUUCCCCAUCAAGGAGUUUGACUACCUGGAGUACUGCUCCAGCAUCCAUGGCCAGUCCUUGUAG